AUGGUGAUGAGUGUUUUUGUAGGGCAAAUGACUCCAAUUACUGAGAUGAGAUGUCAUUGUGGUUUACGGGUUGCAAAGAGAACCUCUUGGACUCUUGAAAACCCUGGACGCAAGUUCUUAGCAUGCAAAUUUUACAAUCAUGAGACUGGGCAGAGGGGUUGUGACAAGUUUGAGUGGAUUGAUGAAGAGUGUCUUGAUUGGCAGAGGGAUAUCACUAAUGUACUAUUGGCAGAAAAACAUAGAUUGGCUACUGACUUGAACAUCCUAAAAGCAAGAUUAUGCUUGUUUGAAAAUGAGAAGAAAAGGGUUAAAGCUGAGCUUGAGAAGAUGAAGAAGAAGAAUUUGAAGAACGCUGAUUAUGGUAAAUUGAACAAAGGGAUGAUACCAACUGAGCAACAUGGGGUGAAGCUGUUGAUAUGUUGUUGUGUUGUGUCUGUGGUUGUUAGUUUAUGCUUUGUUAACGUGUUAGGCUAA